AUGCUGCAAGGGACGAGAAAGGGAGAGGGAGAGGCGAUGAUGGAGCCCAGGGAUGGAAAUGAAACCAUAAGGACAACCACAAAUUCACGAACAACGCGAGUUUUUUACGAAGAUCCACUGCUACCAUAUUCUCUCCAGUGUAUUCAUCCACGGCUGCGGGAUGCGGUUGAGGUGAAGGGCCGCGCGGAACUUCUUCGAGGCGCCCAGCUGCUUAUAGAACACGGCACCCCAGAAGACGUGGCACGUCAUAUCUCAUUGAAGGUGCGGGAGAGGGAAUCCAUAGUGGACCAAUCCUCUUCCCCUGAAGAGGAAGACAACUUGUGUGCAGGAAUUCCUCUUCAACCUGCCUUUACGUCCCCCAACUCAGAGUAUAACUCCUUUUACGAGGCGGAUGAGGAACUUCAGCAUCGGUGCCAUUACUUUUUAUCAACGUUUACGGAUGAGCAUGAAUCAUACAAUGUUCCAUACGAUGUACAGCGCCGCGUUGUGCCGUUAUUAUAUGCAUGGAUUGUGGAUUGGGAUUUUCUUAGACGCAAUACGGAUUGCUGGGUGUGCGUCACGCAAUGCUUUUGCCGCGUGGUACAAUCUCGCCGGCGACGGUUUUCGGUACGUCCCGAUUUUUCACUUCCGUGGCGGCCACUUGUUGAGAUUUUGAUUUCUCUAUUCUUUCAAUCCGAUGGAGUGAUGGAUCUGAAUGUAUUUCAGGGCAUGCGAAAAGCGGCAGGGAGGCAUUUGGAAAGACUCUGUGAGCUGGCCGCGUUGCACUUUGGCGCCGAUGCCUGGCCGGGACUAUGGGAGACAUUUGCACCGUACUUCUCCGCGGAUCGGGAGGAGGCACCCAUCAUGUUAUGCCUUCUCUCUCACCUUUUUCCCAUUCACCAUCUUUCGGAUGAUGCAACUGGGGAGCCCUUGCCCAUCACGGAGCGUAUUGUAAAGUUUCUUCUCGAGGAUUCGCUUUACUGGCAGCAGCUGUCACAAAACUGGCUGGUGUAUUCUCUUAAGAUUCUCUUUAAAAUGUCUCUCCAUCAUGUUGGUGUGGUGGACUUUGACAGGUACGCGGAACCUCUGUUUUCGAUGGUGUUGUAUGAAUUACAUCUCCCCAUCGCUGAGGACAUGGCGGUGCCGAAAGGACCGGUUGGAUUUGGUGUACUUAGCAAAGUUUCUCUCUUUAGGAUUGGCGAGAACGAAAUGUCUGCAGCAGAGGGUUUUAUUGGGAGCAUGCUCCCGCGUCGCACCGACUCUCCACUGUGGAAUCACCUGCAACGCUUCGUAAACGCGACCAGUGUUUUUCUUCGUCCAAACGCCACCGAUAAAGUUGUCCUGCGCCGUGUGUUUGCCUUCUACAGCAGUCUUGUGGCGGUCAUUCAUCGGAGGAUAAAAAAACAGAGGAGCUAUCAAUUCAUGCGGGCAACAAAAAAAACCAAAUUUGAAGGAAGAAUUAUUCGAGAGGCGUACCUGUGGGACCGCGACACCAUCGACUGGUUUGUGGAGCUUGUGGCACCUGUUUUGCGUUUGCUGUUGCACCAUCGUCUUGAGGAUGCCCCACGCAUCGUCGGCCUUCUCGCUUCCCUUUCUCCCCAAAUUGUACAGCGGUUGUUUUUGCCAUAUGUUGAUGCUGGGCUGCGAGGUCAUUUAGGGUCACCGACUCAACGUGGCCUAGCCUUACGACUUUUGGCCAAAUGUCUUUUUCCACUCAGCGAGUGUCCUGCUACCCGUGAGGAGUGCUGGCUUUUUCUUGCUGAAGUGUUGCCACUGCUGUUACAGUGGGUGAAUCCGGGUGAACUGUCACUGUCGACGUUAGUUAUGAACCUUAUAUUAAUCACAUGCUCUAUGACGAAACUACGGGAUUUAUUAGGAGGGCAAGAUGCAGAAUGUUCAUUUGCUUUAACACUUGUGGAACGCAUAUUUGACUGUUCCGCUCAUGUGAAAUUUGGGAAGGGAUGCGCUUUUGACCUGCUCAUGCAUGUGAUGAAUGCUCUGUCUCUUAAUUUGAGUGACGAGACUUUUUCUUGUUGCGUGUCCAGGGUAUUAAAGGAGUCGGAGGUUCAAGGCGGCAUUUCCAAGGCUCAUGCUGUGAGUUGUUUGCUGGAACCUUUUGCUCGGCGCGCCCCAGAACGUAUGAUGCGGUGGGCCAUUCAGACUUUUGCGCCACCCCUGAAGAAUGUAUCCACACCGUUGAAUGAAUUACAGUGGUGUGCACAUCUUCUUGCCGGAUGUAUACGUGGCGCAGGGCUUGCAGGAUUUUCAUACCGACACGAACUGUUGCAUUGUAUUCAAUGUCAGGUGUCAUUUAUCACCAGAGAAGAACAAAUUUUGGCGGCAGCUGCCCUUUAUAAUGCAUUGUUUACCGCCUUUACGGAAUUUAUUUGCACGGAAGCGAAGGCAGAACCUUUUUCUCACUCGAAAGUUGGUGAUAUGGCAUUCUGUGAUACAGAUGAACUGGUUUACGACAAGAAACAGGAUGAGUUUGAGGCGAGUAUGUGCUUCUGUCGAAGCAGCGCUGUGCAGCUGACGUGGAGGGAGGCUUCGGAAUUUCAUAUUGCCUACGUUGUUGAUGUAUACAAGCGUUUUGUUGAGGAUUCUGUGGAUAUUAUUCGUAACAUUGAGCAGGUGCUGCCUCCCGCCGAAGGUGAAAGGGGUGAGGGGUUAAGGAGUCUUCUUCACAUCCCGCUUGACAAAUCAGCAGACACGAAGAGUGAUGAUGGUGUGGGUAAGUUGGGAGAUGCCGCAUCCGCCACGGCGUCCGUGGAGGCGGACGUUGAUGCUUUUACCCCUAAAAAUGUUCUGCGAGGGGUUUUGCUUUGGCUUCGUCUUGUGAUUGAGAUUAACCAAGAAUUUCACGCCGAUGUUUUUUGUGCGGCACAAACUUUCAACAUGGUACCGUGGUGGGCGCAAGAUCCCAAGUCUACGCUGCAGCUUUUGCCUCAAUCGUUGGGGUCACCCUUACUGUCCGCCGUGCCGGAGAAAAUACACAAUGUAUUGAUUGAAUACGCCUUCCGACGCGUGUCUGGGAUGACGGCGGCGGAGAGUAUCACUGCGAAGGCAUUUUAUCCGGACCGCAGCCUUGUGAUGCAGGGAAGGCCCCGUUUGCAUUCCACACAGGUGGAUGAAAUGGACCCCCGUGGGCUUCAUUUGGUGUUGACUAUUUUGGCCGAACUGUGUAACAUCACUCCCAUGACGCCUCUGCAGUAUGAUCACUGCUACAUCUAUAGUCAAGGUCCCGAUGUAUUUGCAAAUAAUGUGGUGGAAACACCAAAGGGGCGGCUUUACCUACCUGCCAUGUACUGGCGUAUGAAGGCAGAGUCGUUUACCCAGAAACGCCGGUCGCUUCUUACACGCGUGGUUUCGCCGAAAAGGCUAAGUGAGCUGCUUCGGAUUGCCCACACUCUCCUUUUUUCACCAUACCAAUUAAUUCAGGACAACUGCUCCCACAUUUUGACAGGAUGCGUGCCGAUGAUGAGCCGGAAGGCGACAAGUCAGUUCCUCUCUGAACACCUUUCGGUGCUUGAGGAAAUUUCAAACCUGUGGAGCCAGGAAAACGAUGUUACUGAGCAGCAUUCGCAUGAUCAUGAUCCAGGGAAUACGACUUCUCCUUCUUUUAGAGGCGACGACGAUUGUGAGACAGACUACCCCGCUGACGGCCCUGAUGGGGUGAAGGCGACCACCUUGAAAGGGUCCGGAAGAAGGAGGAAACAUGACGACUGCAAGAAAAAAGUUGCCGUUGAUGACGAGAGUGGAUACGGCGACGGGGACGCUCCUGCUCCUGCUCCUGCUGCUGACGCUGCUGUUGUUGUUUGUUGUUGUGGUGGUGAUGGUGAUGGCGAUGGCGAUGACGACAAAUACGAGGAUAUGAAGGGGGCGAUGCCACAUUUCUCGUCGCAGCUGCGACGGAUAAUAUCAAGCGCUCUCUCUCUUAUGUCAGCAGGUUUCAAUAGCUCCUACUUUUAUUACGACGAUGACUUGAUUUAUCGCACCUGCGAGUUGUUGGUACAAUUUCCUGAUCAGCUCGUCGUGAGACGGAUUAUUUCCCGAGUUUUAACACAGAGUUCGUAUGACCUCGGUUGUCUUUCAGCUAUUGAGGGGGCGCGUGCGGUGCGGUUGUGUGAUAAACUCCUUUUACUCGCAAUGAAGUUUGCCCAUACCGCGCCAGACCGGACACUUGGCUGCCUUUUGAAGAUCGUUGCCCUUUACCGCCCAUCGCAAAUUGCCCUGCUUUCACCGCAAAGCGUACCACUACUCUUUCGUCUUGCAGUGAACUGCCAUGCAAAGGUGCGUGAAACUUCAUUUCACAUUCUUCAGACACUUGUGCUCUCAUUGAGGGAGCCGCAUCCAAAGGCGUAUGUCCUGACUAGGCGCGGUCCAUUGGAGGCCAGCGAAAAUGCUGCUUUUUUUCGUUCCCGCUAUGAACUGCUGAAGCGUGAAUGCCCCUCCUUUUAUGGUCUGCGUGAUUUGGGGUUGGCCUUUGUACCGAAAGCCAUACGCGUUGACGCGGAGCAUGUCUCUCCAGACAUGUUUCACGACGGUGAAGUGGCUGCUGUCCCUGCUGAAACAGUCAAACUCUGUAAGAACUACACUGAGGAAAAAAGGGAUUAUUUUAUAGAUGCGGCUCAGGGAGAGGCUAAACAGCAAGAACAACGUCUUGCACAAGAGGAACUGAAACGGAUAAUUGGCUGUCUUUCUGGAAUUCUUGAUGAUGAGCUUAAUCCUUCUACCGCUGGAGAGGCCAAUAUGGAUGAUGCUGCUCGGGCGAAAUUGCGGGACGGAUGGAUAUGGAAGGUGAUGCAGCUGCGCCAUGAUCAGAAGACUUUUUCAGAAUCCCGUAUGCGGGUAUGGAAAUCGAUGGGAAAACUUGUGGGUGUGGAACCGUCCGUGCGCUUCUUUACGCGUUUAGUGCGUUUGUGGGUAAAUGACUUUGUGGAACUGGCGCGUAGUGGCAGUGCAACCGCAAAAGAGAGCCAGCAGAGUUUAUUUUCAUGUCUUUUUGAUGUGUUGGUAGCGGCUAUUCGCAUCUCUAAACGACACCCUGUAGCGCGCGAGGAGGCUCUGAGGUGUUAUAUGGAUGCACUACGAUUGGUGUGUACCAGUGCUUUGGUACCGCAUGAGGUCCUUGAUUCUUUCUUGCGGAGCAUUUCGGCGUUACAUGAUACACUGAAGGGUAAUGAGGUUUGGUUGAUUUAUGAGUUUCUUUUUGCGGAGCUGAAACCUUUUUUGAGGGCCCCACUGGCGACGGAUGCAUCUACGGUGAAAAAUGAGACGGAGUCUGGCAUGACAUGUUGUACUUCAUGGUGCUCUGGAAGAACGCAGGAAAUAGUACGGGUAUUGAAUGUCAUGGUGCACUUGAUAUGCGUCUUUGCACAGGAGGUCAAUGUGGAACUUUUGCCCCAGUUGUGUAAACAGGUGCUACAAAAUAAAGAGUUAUUUCUUUGUAGUACUUCAUCUUCUAUUCAGGGUUGUUCAGCAUUUAUGAUUUCGGAGAUUAUGCGCCUUUCUCUGUACCAAAGUGAGUACAUCGCUUCCAAUAGCGCUGUGUUAAAUGAGAUCUUGAGUUUUGUGGAUUGUAUAGAGCAGUUGGUGGAACUUCCACCCCCGCCUGCGCCGGAGCCACAACCGACACUGGCGCCGUGGAGUGAAACACCUGCACUGGGCGCAGUCCGAGCUCCAUGUUUAUCUACCGCCGAUUCUAUGGCGGUUGGGUCAUCGCCAGAGCUGCCUAUGGAGCCGUGCCCACCGCUGAUUGAGGGCUUCAGUCUUGACGGUGGUCGCUGCACGAAGCCGUUUGGAAAUCUUGCAACCGUGAAGACAUUUGUCAUGUGCUGGUGCAGGCCACUUCCUCCUCUUUUAAACGCGCGUGUGAAGAGCGUUCUUAAUGUUCUUGUGCGUGCAUUAGACAUUGCCUUGCCGGAGAUGGAUGCUUUAAAUCUCCGAGUGGAGGCUGCACUGCAGCGCAUUGCGUAUGUCCGCUUACCGAGAAACACAAUUCAUGAUAUGUUGCAGAUGCUCUGUGGCAUCCUCAAGGAGGAGCAGCCGUACGGUAAAUCACGUCCGGCCAAAGUUGCUGUUAGCCGCAUGCUGAGUCGUGUUCUUCUUACUAAUCUUCAUCGUAUUGGCAAGUUCGCGACCAUGCAGAAUGUUGCGUCCGCAGCCUUGGCAUCUAUCGGUCACGGCGACGGGCGCGUUCGAAGCGAGGGAAGACUACUGUUGGCGGUUCUCACACGGGUGGCAUCUGUGGAGCAGAUUGAGCGCAUAAUUCGUGAUUGCUUUAUGGAGCUGCGCGGCCUGUCGUCAGUGGCUGCGUCAAUGACUGGGGGUCAUCUUCAGUCCCCACACACACUCCAUGAAAACGUGCGAAAGCGUCGACGUAUCGCACUGCUGCUCGCGUUGUGUUCUAUUUUAUGCGCCACUCCGGGUGUCGUCCCGCCGUACGUGCCCCGCCUUAUGGAGCGUCUAGCGGCGCAUGCGCAUGAUCCAGCGCCGGAGGUGCAACGUGCUGUGAAGCGGACCUUUGAGGAAUGGUGGCGCUCGCACCGCGAGGGGUGGGAGCUGGAACACAAGCCACGCUUCGUUGCCGCCAACAUUCAAAUUGAUGCGAUGCUGCCGCUGCUGACAGCCCCGGCCUAUCUUGUCUGA